AGGCACUGACCAUGUCGACCUACUCUCGAGAAAACUCGAGGGACCGUGCUGAGUCUCGGAUAGUGAAGCAUCAACAUUCGUUCUCCGAGUCUGGCAGGAGCUCCGUGCCCAUGUGGGACAGCUCAGAUCCAGACCGAGCACCUCCUCCAUUACCAUUGAAUCCUGGAGGGCCAGGAAGCCCAAUCACUCGAUCUAACACAUCGAAACGUAUUGAUGAAGCCGCUGCCUUGAUCACUGCGAAGGCGCGAGAGAAUGCACCUAGCUCUUACACAAGCAACCCUCCACCUACAUGCAUCUCACCUGACAGAAACAUCAUGCGAGCACAGAACCGACGAAUGCAGAGCAUCCAGAGUCCCAGCAUCAACCGACUAAGCGAUUCACUGGAGAGAAGAUCGCCAGAAAAGGGCCUGCGGACUGCUAGAUUUGUGGACUUCGACGAUCUACACAGCAACAGAUCACCGGAACGUCCUCACAGAUCAGAAACACCUACACCUAGUGAAAGAAAACCAAGAGACUUCGAAAAUACACCACCAGGGUCAAAUAUGCUUGCGCUACAAAGCGCGAGGAAUAGGCAGGACCAGGCGCCGCUUGGGGAUAUCACAAAUGGCGUAUCUCCUCCCAUCGCGAAUUUCUCGUUCGACUCUCUAUCUUCACAAAUAUUGAGCCUGACGAGUAUUGUGACCAAUGUCCAAAAGGAAAUGUCAAGCUUGAACAAGCGGAGCAAGGACAACUAUACCGACUUGAUGGGCUUGAAGGAGGCAGCAACGUCCCGAGAUGAGGACAUUCGAAAGAGUCUUCGGGAACUUGUUGCUGGCCUGGAAACGAAGCUCAGUAGUCUAGACACUCGACUCCUUUCUGCACCAGAAUCCAGUCGCCCAAAUUCGACGAUGGGAGGACUUUACUUGGACGACAAGGCCCAUAAUACUACAACGCCUCGCAAGAGCUUUGGACUUCCACGUAUUGGGAGCCCAACGAGUUUCUCGUCCCAACUAGAGCGGGAAAUGAGUGCUUCUCCCUCAAUUGCAUGCGUGGAUGGUGCUGCGAGCAUCGCUCUCCUGGAAAAGGUCCUUCGAGAAAUGGCCACUCGCGAAGGCCAGGAUAACAUCAUGGGUACGUUGGAAGCGGUCAAGUCUCAAUUCACCAAGAAAUCACAAUCAAUGGUGUCUACACACACCACGGUCGACCCUAACAUGAUGUCAAAGUUGGAGGAUAUCUUGAUCACCAUGAAAGAAAUGAAAGCAGAGUCAGGCUCUCGGGCAUUGAUUCGCCCCAAUGGCAAUGACAAUGCUAAGCGGACUUCUCACCUGGAUGCAUUUCUCGAAGACGCGGCGAUUACCAAGUCGAAGCCUACCUAUGAAGGAAGAGCAUCAUUUCCCGGAUCUGACAAUCUCACGGAAGAAGUUGCGAAGACUCUGAAGAGUGUAAAGCAGUCAAUGGCACAUAAUGGUGGUCUUACCAACGAAGUCAAAGUACUGGUUCGCGAACUUCGAGGCGAAGUGCUUGGAAUGGGUCGCGAGAUCGGAAGGAAGUUGGAGCAAUCGACUACGACCAAAGCGAGUGGCCCUGAUGCCCACGCGGCAAUCCAGGAUGAGAUUGCUAUGACAGUGAGACAGGGCUUAGCGGAGCUCAAAGAACACAUGCAUCAAAUCGUUCAGGAAAACAGAGGCAGGUCGAUGGAAGUUGCUCGUUCGUCAAGUGAUCAGCAAGAGGUUGUUCGUGCUGUACGCGAAGUUCUGGCUGAAAUGCCGCAAACAGCCCAACAGUCUGUAAGAGAUCCAGCCGCUGAAAGGGAGGACUUACUGGUGGCAGUGAGAGAAGCCUGGGAGGACUGCAAGCCCGAGAUUGCUCUGGAGCAUUUUGGCUUGGAGCGAGACGAGAUACUCGAGUGCCUCAAAGAAGGCUUGAAAUCCUACCAGCCUCAACAAUCAACAGUCAAAGACGCCGGCGUUACAUAUGAAGAAGUGGUUCAGGCUGUUCAGAAAGCGCUUUCAGAUUACCAACCACCAAGUCUUCCCACCCCUGUUGGUAUCUCCCAAGACGAUGUCUACUCGGCCGUGCGACAAUGUCUGGACAGGUUUGAGUGGCAAAAUGUACAUCCACCACAGUCCCUCGAUGCCGGGCUGACAAGGGACGAUGUGACUGGCGCCGUUGAAGAGGCUCUGGCUCGACAAGAUGUAGUCACCCGAGACUUUGUGGCCGAAAGUCUGAAACAUGGUCAUUCCCACCCAGAGGCGGUCGCAAAGGAGAUCGAAUUCAAUAGGGAAGACCUGUUCGACGCUAUCAGAGCUUGCCUGGAGGGCGAUCAGAAUCCUCUGGGUGGCAUGGGCGAAAAGGUUAUUGAAGCCAUGCACGAAUUCCUGGGAAGCAUGAAGACCGAAUUUCAGCAAUACUCAGCUGCGAGUGGGAAGGACACCGAGCAAGUACUGGAUGCUUUGAAAGAUGGUCUCGAAGAUCUACGAGCAGACAUCGAAAGUUACGUCGACCGUGCUGCAGAUGUCACUGGUAAAGAUGAGAUCAUCGACACGGUGAAAGCCGGAUUUGCUGCGAUGCAGGCCGAUAUCGACAAAGGCUUUGCGACUCGCUCAGGGGCAGCGCCAAAUACCCCUGAGCUACUGGACGCCAUGGAAAAGGAGUUCGAGCAUCUUCGCGAUACGAUCAACAAAAGCAUGGCCAGAAAUGAAUCCAUGUCGGACAAGGACGAAAUACUUGAUGCUAUCAGAGAUAUUUCGGAUGACCGACAGUCGUCGCUGAGCGGAAACACUGAGGACAUUACCCGUCUAGUGAAGGAGGAGUUGGAACAUAUGCGGACCACUCUUGCCAGCACUCUGAUUAGAAACGGGUCGUCUUUGGACCGCGACGAAGUUCUGGAUGCCAUCCGUGAAGGACUGGAAGCAUCUCGCUCUGGACAUAGAAUGGACGGAUCCGAAAGCAUUCUCUCCAAUACAAGCGAGCUGUUGGACGCCUUCCAGGAUGGAGUAGAUGGCAUCCGAGCAGACAUCCAGAAAUUGAAUGAUCGACCUAUCGAUCUGAGUGCCAGCGAGGACGUUUUGGAUGCUUUGAAAGCGGCCGUCGAAGGCAUUCGCGCAGAUAUUUCAAGCCUCCACGACAAAGAAAAGGAGGGAUCCGAAUCGGGAACCUCCAGGGGUCAAGAAAUGGUCAUCCACGAUCAAAACCGUAUCUCGACAGAAAUUGAAGGUUUGAAAGUCAUGAUCACCCAGUUGCGGAUCAAAGUCGAGGCACUGGACGGUCUGGGAGCUACAGCUGUUGCCCCUGAGACACGAUUACACAAGGACGAUAUGAACGAGCUCCAAGAUGCCAUCCAGCAGGUUGGUGAAACCAUCGAUCAGAACAGGGUUGAGGAAGUCCACGUUCAUAAGGACGACCUGGAUGGCCUUUACACUGCAAUCAACGAGGUCAAUAAGUCCGUGAAUUCUGUUCGAGAAAUCCCCUUGCCAGAAGUCAUCAUGCCUGAGAAUGCCGCUUCAAAGGACGAUACCGAUGCCAUCGAGACGCUGCUUCGAAACAUCAAGGCCAGACUAGAUGAAGUCCUUUCCCCAGAAUCGGAACCCUUAGCGAAAUCGAGUCAGCUGGAUGCAGUCGAAUUCGGCCUCAAAGAUCUCAAAGAGGCCGUUGAAGAGUGUACCCAACGUUCUGGCGAGCAGACUCACAAGGAAGAUUUCACCAUCAUCGAGCUUAUGCUCAAGGAUGUGCAAGGCAACAUUGAAGACUUUAAAUCGAAGCUGGACGGGGUUAAUCGCGAUGACGGAUCCAUCAGCAAAACCGAUGUCGAGGUCAUCGAGACCUUGUGUAUGGAUAUCAAGAGCCAGAUGGAAGCCAUCAAACUUCCCAGCCUAGAGUGGUUGCCCACCAAGGAAGAUCUUAGUGAUGUCAAAAACGACAUCAAGUCAUUCCGCGAACAGUUUGAGGCCGACAAUGGGUUGACCGCUCAAGCUUUUGAGGCAAGAAAAAUUGAGCAUGGCGGGUUAGCCACCAAAAUCGACGACGUCAAGGGUGUCAUUGGAGACCUCCGGGAAGAGUUGAUGACGAAGGUCGAAGGCAGUGCAGAAGGCAUCGUCGAGCUGAACAGAGUGCUUGGAAUGCAUCAUGAUGACAUGAGUAAAUACGCUACUUCUUCAAGCAUUACAGAGAUGUCUGAGAUGAUCAAGACCGAACUCGAUCGUCACAUGGAUCACCAUGCGAACAUCAAGUCCGAGAUGGAGGAACGCGACGCCACAUUGUUCAACAAGCACGAGGAAACAGGAACUGACAUCAAAACGGCUAUCGAAGAGAAAUUCAAUGAACUCAUGACGAAAUACGACGACGCUCAGCAAGCCAACGAGAUCAAGCUGACUGCUCUUGAUGAUCGUGACAGCGCCCAUCUAGAGGCUACGAAAGGCACAAAGGCCGUGGCAAACGAGUUGAAGUUGUUGAUAGACACUCUGGGUUCUACUGUCACUGAAACUUGUGAGCGUGUGUCCGAAGACUCAAAGACGGUCUUUACGUCCAUCGAGGAUUCCAAUUCAAAAUUGGAUAACCUUCACAGUUCAAACGCCUUCGAGCACGGAGUAACGCGAGAAGAGGUCGCCAAAACACUGGCUGCCGUGACGAGAUUGGAGGGAUCGGUGGGGGAGAACCAGCCCGCAGUGCUGGCGGCCAUCCAAGAAGUCCUGGGCAUGGUCAGCCAACACUAUGAGCAUUCGCAACAGCAGAGUGAGAGCUUUACCCGUGCCACUGAAGAGAUAAAGUCUGGCGUGGACUCGAUUCCCGCAGCCAUCCCCCCUCUAUUGCCCGCUUUACCAGCCGCGCCAGCAAGUCCAGAAGUGUCCAGAGAUGUGGCGGCUCAUGAGAAGUACGACGAUAGCGAAGUGCAUGACAAGCUUGACACCCUUCUCUCACACGCAGCUUUGGCCAAAGAAGUGUUUGCCGGCAUCGAGAACCGACAAAACGAUACCCGGGACUCUUUGGCAGGGCUUUCAAAACUUGAAAAGCUCGACGAUAUCCAUGCCCAGGUGCUGGCUACAGCCGCAGAGAUUGCUAGUAUGGUCACCACCCAGGCCAGGCUCAUGGGUGAACAUCAUGAGUCAAAGGCGGCUGAGGCUACUGAGGCAGCCAUUGCGCUGGAAAAGCGGACAGCUCAAAAGGAGAAGGUCGAAGCUGAUAUCGUCGCUCUCAACCAAGAAAAGAACGAGCUUGUUGAAGCCAUGGCGAGUCUCAAGCGUGAACAAGAGGAGCUGAGUGGACAGACCAAGAGAUUGAACCGGGAAGUGGCCAAGCUUGAGACGGCACUUCAACUCCGACAAGAAGAAGUGCGCCAAAUGAACAUUCAAGCUGAAACUGUGGAACGCCGCAUUCUGGAUGGGCUUGUCAACCAGGCGAGAUCUAUCCAUCCCACAAGGUCCAAGAAAGCCAGGAGGGUCAAUCCGGCCGAGAGAGACGCGUCGAUGAGCCUCAAACGUGUUCCUAGUAAUGCUACGACCGUCACUGCCAAAACCUCCGUCAAGGAUGGAAGUUCAGCGAUGGGCAGUGCCGUUGGCAUGGCUUUAAAGAAGAGAGCACCGUUAGCGUCGAACUCCCGAGCCUCUACCACUCCCAGGACUUCUGCAGUUGACCGUCGCAUCCUGAGUACUAGUCAUGUCACGGGCAACCGCGGACGCAAUACUCCUGACAUGGCGUUGAUGCUCGCUCCAGCACCGAAGCCGACUACGGGCUUGGUCAGCUUGAAGCGAAGCCAAUCGGUGAAAAGCAAUCCCAGCAGCUAUGCAAAUGGUCGAAAGGCGAGCUGGAAUGGUGUUACUUCCGAACUCGCAGACAAAGAGAACUUCAGUCUUGAGCACAGUGAAAGCGAGGAUGAUUCCCACAGCGAUGCAAGCACUGAAAGGAGGACCAGCCUGGGCACCAGUUACAUGUAUACUGACAGUAUGACUUCUGGAACUGGCAGUUCGUUGAGCGGACACAGUCGGCUGUCAACUGGCAGUAGCAUUGUUGGUACCGUCAAUGGUCAGACUGACAGCAUUGCAGAAGAAGAUGAGGAGCAAGAGGCGGACUCGACUGCCAUGGUUUUACACGAAGCCGGACAUGUCAACUCAGGGCAGGACAACUCGAUGGCUAUGACAACAUUUGAUGGUCUUGAGACUCCCAAUAUCGUGGCAGAAGCCUUGUCUGAUCUUCAGCCUCCACCCAUUGUGACAGCAGAGGGAUUCAAGUACCAUCAUGGUAGUGACAGUGGACUAGGUACCGAGCCUCUUACAGCAGGGACGGAGGAGAGAAUCGGCGAAGCACAAGAGUAUUUCCAAAUGACUGCGCAGGAAACACAGUCAUGAGCACAGUAUGGGAAAUAGUAUGCAUUGAAUUGAGAUGAUGGGUGGUGUUUGGGUGUUUGGUUUCGUUGACCUGGCUGGAGUAUUGGAUUGUUGUGAUUUGAGCGUUUAGCGGGAGCGACAGGGUUGAUGGUGAUUGAAUUAUGGUCUUAGUACAACAGCAGGUACGACUGAAUCAUGUGGAUAGUCGAGUACUCAGUAUGAUCACGAAUUU